ACAAUGCGGGGGAGGAAUGCGGGGACGCCGCCGGCUCCCCGUCGCCAGUCGCCCAGGUUUGCGUCUCCCAGCUCGCACUGCGAUCCAUCACCCAAAUCUUCGCAAUCACUCGGCCUCUCUCCAGCCCCGCGCUCUGUGAAGCGCGAUCUUGGAUUUUCGCCUGUGCUGCCAAGGGCAAGAUCGAGGAGAAAGAGCAGGGAUGGCGAUAGAAAGUAUGUUUCUAGGAUCGAAUGGAACGAUGGCGUGUUUGAGGUUGGGGAGGAUGUCUACGUCAGGAAGCUAGAGUCCGCUGAGCGUGAUGAGUCUGACGAGGAAGUGGAAGAUUGUAGGGUGUGUGGGAAAGUUGGAGGAGAGGUCAUGAUCGAGUGUGAUGCUUGUCUCGGUGGCUUCCAUCUCGGCUGCCUGGAGCCUCCGUUGGAAGAAGUCCCAGGAGGAGAUUGGAUUUGUUUCAAGUGUGAGAAGAAAGAAGCCGUGGGGGAAGAACCAAGUCGGCGGAGGCAUAGAACUGCGCGAGAGAGACUACUGGCUAAGGAGCUUUGGGCUGCUCGUAUCGAAAGGCUGUGGAUGGAAGCUGAUGGCUCACCUUGGUUUUCUGGAAGAUGGUAUCUUGUGCCCGAGGAAACUGCUUCAGGCAGGCAGCCGCACAAUGGAAGCAGAGAACUUUUUCGCACGAAACAUGUCGAUCACAAUGAGGUGGAAUCGAUUCUCAGGCAUUGCUAUGUCUUUUCCCCAGAAGAUUUUUCUAAAGCUAGCAACGAAGGGGAUGAUGUGUUUUACUGCGAGUAUGACUAUGAAAUGAAGUGGCACACUUUUAAGAGAAUUGUCGACUUGGUAGAGGAGGCUGACCACGACUUCGAAGAGCACGAGGAGAGUAAGGCUUCGAACAAGAAGCGGAGGUCUUCCACUCCAAACAAAACACCGAACAAAACACCAAAAAGAAAGUCUCAUACAGAAGUCACUGGAUCUGAGGUUUUACGGCGAAAGAUCUUUCCCGAAGACAGUGGAAAGGAUUUGACUGAAAUCGAAAAGGCAAAGAUUGCACUUUCACUUUCAACAACUCCAGGCUCUUUGCCUUGUCGUGAAAAGGAAUGCAAGGAAAUUGAAGCUUUUGUAACGGAUGCUCUAAAAGAAGGGUUGGAGAAUCUUGGAAAAUGUCUCUACAUCAGCGGUGUCCCAGGAACUGGAAAGACAGCUACUGUUUUGGAUGUCAUGAGGCGGAUGGAGAAGAAGCUAAGCACGAAGGAAAUCCAGCCAUAUCGGUUUGUGGCGAUGAACGGGCUGCGUCUCACGUCGCCGGAGCAAACAUACACGGUUCUUCAUGAAGCUCUGACUGGCCAGCGAUUGAGCUGGAAGAGGGCAUUGCAGCUACUCGAUGAACGGUUUUCGAACUGCAAAUCUUUGGGAGGGGUCGAUAGUCGACCCUGCAUUCUUUUGGUCGAUGAAUUGGAUCUUCUGGUUACGCGCUCACAAUCCGUUCUCUACAAUCUUUUUGACUGGCCUUGUCGACCAAACUCGCGUCUUAUGGUCAUCGGAAUUGCAAAUACGAUAGAUUUGCCUGAGCGUUUGCUACCACGAAUUGCCAGUAGAAUGGGACUUCAGAGAGUGUCUUUUAGUCCCUAUUCGUACAUUCAGCUGCAGGAGAUUAUUAGUUUCCGUUUAUCAGGGACUGAGGCGUUUGAAAAGGCAGCAGUAGAGUUUGCUUCACGCAAGGUUGCUGCUGUAUCUGGUGAUGCACGACGAGCGUUGGAGCUCUGUCGUAGGGCUGCAGAGCUUGCGGAGUGCCGACAAAAAUCUGGAGACUUGGAAGGUAGAUGUACAUGCAAUGUUUUCGGAUGUCCUGACCGUUGCUCAGAAUCCAACACUAGAUUGAUUGGAAUGGCCGACGUGGAGGCCGCUGUUACGGAAAUGUUCCAGGCACCGCAUGUUCAGGCAAUGCGAAUGUGUUCUAAGCAUGCAAAAAUAUUUCUCGUUGCUAUGGUUUACGAGUAUCACAGGACCGGCAUGGUUGAAACAACUUUUGACCAAGUUUCAAGAGCGCAGAGUCUCUUGUGUUCUAACAAUGGCGAGCAACCCCCAGACAAAGACGUUCUACUCUCCAUCGGGUACAAUUUGUUUUCCGUGUUCACGUGUAACUUGUGGGAACUCAGGUGCAAACUCGGGGAGUGUCGGCUGCUACUCUGUGAAACGGGGAGUAGGCACAGGCUGCAGAAACUUCAAUUAAACUUCCCCAGUGAUGACGUUUCCUUCGCGUUAAGAGACUGCCUUGAUCUUCCGUGGAUCACAAAGUAUUUAUCUUAAUACAACGCCUUCAAUUGGGAA